CCCGAAUUAAACCAACUUAUCAAGGAAUGGACGAAACUAAUAGACGGACCGAGGAGCCCCCCUCUCAGCACCGCAUGUCAGCCGUUCAUCGCUUCCUCUCCCUGUUGUGUUGUGGGCUGGUGUGGUGCUGCGCGGACGAGCGGGGGAGCGACCGGCGCGGCUGGGCGGUGGGCGAUGAGGCCGGGAACGUCACCCACGCAGCCAGCACCUGCGUGAAUGGGUGGAGGAUAGCAUCCAACACAUCUCCAUCGUGUGCCUGUCUUGUUCCUUACCGUGAUGUCGUCAGGUUUUCCCCCCUGGAAUGCCUCGCCAGCCCGCGCAGCACCCCUGGCGAAUGGCGUGCGAGCCCUCGAGUCGAGGGAGCGGAAGAACGCCGCCUUGGCCAACGCACGAGCGAUGUUCUGACCAUACCAUACACAAGACAAGACGACACCAUGGAUUGGAGGCAUUGACGUCUGUGUGUCGGGCCAGUGCGUCGUUGCUGCUUACAUCAGGGUGUGUGGAUAGGGCCUCAUUGUGGUAGAAGAGCCGGGCCUCCCAUGGCGAGGUGGCGAGUGAGCAGAGUGCGCAGACCUCGUAGUCGUGUAGGUUGUCGAAGACGCCGUCAGUGCCGAAGAUGAGCAGGUCCCCCUCCUUGACCGGCACAUCGUACAGCUCAGACUGGGCCGGCUGGUCGGCACGAGUGGCAGACGCACCCGACACGGCCGCAUUUUGGAGAAGCCUGCGUGGAAUGGAUGGACAAGGGAAAGGAGAUUUGGUGUGCUGGUUUUUGGUAGGUGGGUGGGUGGGUGAUCACUGACCUGAGAAGCCUGUGGAGGCCGUUCUGUUCGAGUAUGGGCCAGUCCUCGCGCACAGGGACGUUGGCCAGCUGGAACGGACAGUUCCUGGACAGACAGACAGACAGACAGACAGUUGAGAUGGACAGAAAUGGUGUGUGUUGAUUUGAUGUGAUGUAUUUAUUGUCUUGGUGCGGUGCGCCUCGCCUUACCAGUUGUGUUGCUGUUCUUUAAUGCGCCGGACGACCGUCAUGUACAAAUCAGACCCGCCACGCCUGCACAUCACAUCGACACACACCCAACACACACACACAUCACGUCCACACGUGUUGUGAAGAAGACCCGUGUCGACUCCUCACUCACCUGAGCACUAGUGCGGAAGAGUCUCCUAGGUUAGCCACGCCCAGCCGCUUGCCCUGCUCGUCGAGGCACGCCACGAGGGCGGUGGAUGAGCCCCACGCACGCGCGGCGUCGAACCCCUUCUGCAAUAUGCGACGGGCCUUCAUCGACGGGGAAGACAGCGACUGCACGCACAGAUGCAUGACGACAGGACAGAUGUACAUGGCGUGGUGUGUUUGUCGAUGGCGUUUGUCGUGUGUCUGGGUGGCUGACAUCUAUGUCGUUGAUUUUGGGCGCAGCGGCUCUGCAUCCCUCCAUGACCUCGUCGGCAAACAUGCGGGGGUUGAUGCCCAGCUGCUCCCACUCGCCCACACCGUCAGCCACUCCCACGGCACAGCACUGCUCGUCGAUGAAGUAACCGUCCGCACCACCUGAUGGAUCACACACACACACACACAUCCAUCCAUCCAUCCACCUAUAUUCACCGAUGUGUGUGUCCUCCCUCCUUCAGUCACUCACCUGUGCCGGUUUUGUCAGGUUUGGGGAUGCAGUGAAUGCCGCAUGCGAGCUGCAGGCCCCUCUCCUGUGGUGGCGGCAGCAGCACCGGCGUGUGGAAGACGGGGGGCCCGCCGCUGCCGAUGCCGUCGAUGUAGGCGGGGGGAGGGCUGCUCGACGACGAACGGGGCGUCUUACCCGUCAACCUGCGCCAAGGCACACACAUCGACAUGGAUGGAUGGGCAUCCGUGUGUGAUUCGUUUGAUGAAUGUGCUCGGUGAACUCACCUGUAGAUGCAUGCAGGCGAGAAUGGUCCGCCCAUGGGGGUCCCGCUCGCGCCCGCCAGGAGCUGGAUGACCUCUGCCGGCCAGUAGUCGAUGCUGCCGCUCGACCGCACAGAGGGGGCCACCAUCUUGCCCGUGGGCGGGUUCUCCAUCGGCGAGGGAAGCAUCGACUGCUCCGACCGACGGUUGCACGCACGCUGCCACUGGCUCACACGGUCCUGACACACACAACACGACACGACACAUACACACGCAAUGUGAUGGUGGUUUGGUUGAUGGUUCUAAGUGUGUCCCCUCUCGUGUGUGCGUGUGUGAUGUACCUACCUGUCUGGAUGGUGUGGCGGGCAUGACGGCUGUGGGCGGUGGGAGCUCCUCAUCCUCUGGAAUGGGGACGUUCCGGGGCGAUGCGCGCGACCGCGGACCACCACCCUACACACACACACACACACGCACACGUGAACAUGUCACCCUCACUGGUGUCUGGUCUGUGUAUUCCGGUCCGGCACUCCACUCACCUGAGGUCCACCCCGCUUAGCCAGACUGAAGACAGAUCCCACGAGGCUCUUGAAGGCAAAGUACCCGCCCUGUUUGCCGCCCAGGCUGCCACCCUCGUCACGCUCACGGCUGCCCCGUCUCGACACGUGGGAAGAGGCACUCGGCGACACGAGCGAGUCGCUCGAGCCCGACAGGUGGACGCCGCUGCUGUUGGCGUGGCUGGACGACGUGUAGGCGUCGACGGAGGCCGACCGCGGCCGGUCCCUCUGGUAGUUGGACGCACAUGGCGUGUUUGUUGCGCGUGGGUUGACCACGGCCGUCAUGGGCUGGGAUGCGUUGCGGUUGGCCUUGAGCUCGUCUAUGGCGCCCUUGUACGCCUCACCUGACACACACGUACACGUACACAACACAACACACAUGAGCGCACAAAGGGCAACAGCACUCCACUCUCUCCUCCCCCUCUCUGCGUCAUUAGGUACCGAUAUCGAGGCAGUUGAGUGAGCUGAUGACGCGCCCCGUCCGAUGCAGCCGGUGGAACCGCGCCACGGCGUCGUCACUAUUGCUAUUGACGCCGUCCCGCCCCUUGCCCGCCCCCACACUGCUCCUGCGACCGCUCCCAUAGCCCACAUCGCCAAAGGGCGACGGCACAGACCGCGAACUACCCCCAGAUGCGGAAAUGAGGCCCUCACGAUGGCCCCGGGCAAUCGGCCGGCCUCUGAGCGACCGGCUUUUCUGCACCAGAGGGGAGAGGUGGGGGUCGUCCAGGGGCGCCAAUACCUCGUCCGAGCGGUUGGAUGGCGGGGGGUUGUCGCGCAUGGAGUCCAGCGAGUGCCGCACGUAGGGGUCGGUCACAGCCCUUGGGCGUGUGUGGCCUCUGGCCCAGCUGGGCUUGGAAAGGAGGGCUUCUUCACGAUCCUCCUUUCUCUCAUCGCAGUGAAGCGUCAGCGGCAGCGGGCCCCUCCGCCGCCCCCGCACACACCCGGUGGGCGUCAGACAUCCUGGUCUGUCUGACGCUGGGGGAGGGGGCGUCACGCGCCGAGGGCUGGGCGAAGACGACCUGGUGUCUAGGACAGCCGUGGUCUCGUCUGUUCUGGUGGGCUGUGGUCGGACGGCCGGCUGUUGUGGCCGUGAGAAGAAUGGGGGGGGGGAGGAUGACACCUGGGGGGCGUGGGCGAACCUGGUGCGAUCCAAUGACGCGCGCUGGCCUGCAACCGUCACACACGGAGGGAGGGGAGAGCGCCGCGGAGUGUCAUUGCUGUCUGCCUGAUGGGCCUCCUUUUGUCACUCAGCCUCUCAGACCUGGUGUGCAGGUGUCUUUGGCAUUGGCCUCCGGUGAAAGUGGUGGGGUGGCGAGAGCUCGCGAAUCACCACACGCAGAGAUGGAACGAGUCGAGAUGAACCUGAACCAAACAGCCAGAACACCCCACCCCACCCCACGAGCCAAACACACGACACAGAUCAUUCCCUGACGUUUUUCUGCCCCUCCGUGUGUGUGGUGUACCGACCUUGAUAGGUUCUUGGCUUGUGACCGGUUCGCGUUCUCGAAUGAGCCGAGUCGGUUGAGGAAAUCCAACAGCAGCUUGGUGUCCGAGGGCGACACACCGUCCAGGGUCCUCCCCGUCAUCGAUGAAGGACGCUCUGCCACCAACAGGCAGAUCCGGCCUGUCGACGACACUGUCACGACACCAAGCGCAGGUGGCGUCAGGUGAGGGAGCGAGUAGUUGCUGUGGUGAAGGGCGGAGGGGAGCGAGUCACAUCUCACGUUGAACAAGCUCCGUUCCUCGCACGGAGUCGCUCUUUUUUGCAA